CAACUCUACGAUCUCGAACCUCUCCUCCAUACACCUCCCGAAGAACCAAUUUCGAAACAACACUCGUACAUCACCUGCAAACCCUACAAACGCUACGACUCCGACGCUUCCUCUAUCAGCAGUGCUGAAGGUGUCGACGACUUCGACAGUCCCAUCUGGUGGGACAUUCUCGAUCACGAAGAGGAAGCCAUCGCUCGCUACAAGAAAUUUUUGCGCGAGCAGAUGGCCAAAGGACGGAGUUUGAAGAAGCAGGAAGAAUCCGAGAACAUGAUGGCGAGAAUGGAAGAAAGACGCAAGGAGAAAGUCGAUCACACACAUAUCGUUGAGAAGAUGCAGAAUUCACGAGAUCUGGCUGGACCAGUCGAAUUUUGUUUCUGGAGUAUGAACGGGCAAGAGUGUCGGUGUGGAAAAUGU